CCGGCGGCCAGUCCGUCGCUGUCUCUCGCGUGCUGUUGUUCUCCGGGGCUGUUGUGCGCCGGUCGUGAAUCGUUUACCGGCCGUCGGCGUUCUGCAUUCGUGAGGGCUGCUUAUCGUUGUUGUUUUUGCUGUUCUUUUUCCCUCAUCUUUCUUCCUUGUGCGUGUUCUCUUCUCCUUGCGGAUCUUCGCCCGCAUCAAAUACGGUUGCCGGUGCGUAUGCUUAGUUGGGUGUGUGUCUGUGUAUACAGUGGCCGUACUGUUGCUUGUGUGUGACACAAAUUUAUCAUUGCGAUCGUUCUUAAUCGAAACAUUUCUGGUAUCGUUUUUUUUAGUAACAUAAAAAGUGAUUCCCGUGCGAUCAUUAGCUGGUAUACAGCAUACGAUCAGUUCUUCAUCUUGGAGUACGGUUUUAGAAGUUUUUAAUAGUGCGUAAAAGCUACCUCAUUAAUGUACCUACUGCCUUCUACGCACAGUGUGAAGACAGGCGAGUGAAAAAGUGUCUUCCAACUAUCAGGAUUAGGAAAAGUUCGAACCACAGUAAAGUGCAAUAGCAUUAUCAUAUUUGCCACGUUGUUUUUCGUGCCAUAUUGAUAACCGGCGUAUAAAAAUCUGCCAGUGGCCAGCCGGUGGGUGCAAUCUACCGGGAGAGACGUAUAGCAGGGUGACCGGUGUAACAGCGACGAGACGAUUGAAAAGACGACGCACACUAUGACGCGCGGUGUGCUUCGCCUGUGCUCCCUGCAGGGAGAUGCACUGCUGCAAAUGACGAAACCCUUGCAUCCGCUGCGAUUGUUUUCAGGUAGUGUAAAACUACUGCAGAAAGAUGGCAAACCGGCGACGGCGGUUAAGGGAAUUCCCUACAAAAAUCUGGUAAUCGGUGUACCGAAGGAAAGAUGGGCCAACGAAAAGCGAGUUUCCGUUACACCAGUUGUGGCUGGGACACUCGUCAAGAAGGGUUUCACGGUACAGGUCGAAAGCGGUGCAGGUGUGAAUGCUAAGUUCCGCGAUGCAGACUACGAAGCUGCCGGCGCUAACAUUGUGAACAAUCGACGAGCAUUCGAAACUGAUAUUGUGCUGAAAGUAAGGCAACCGAUUGAGCCGGAAAUUCCUCAGCUGAGAGAUGCCUCAACGCUGGUGUCCUUCCUGUAUCCUACCCAAAACAAGGAACUGAUUGAUAAACUGGCCCAAAGAAAGAUUAACGCAUUCGCCAUGGAUGCCAUUCCGCGAAUUUCCCGUGCACAAGUAUUUGACGCCCUUUCGUCGAUGGCCAACAUUUCCGGUUAUCGGGCGGUCAUAGAAGCGGCUAACCAUUUUCCUCGCUUCUUUACCGGUCAGAUAACGGCUGCCGGUAAAGUACCGCCCGCCAAGAUUCUCGUUAUUGGCGGUGGUGUGGCAGGAUUGGCUGCGAUCGGACAGGCUCGUGGUAUGGGUGCGAUCGUGCGUGCGUUCGAUACGCGCCCAGUCGUGAAGGAACAGGUGGAAAGCAUGGGUGCGGAGUUCUUAACGAUCAACAUCAGUGAGGAUGGUUCGACGGCCGGUGGAUACAGUAAGGAGAUGAGCAAGGAGUUUAUCGAGGCGGAAAUGACACUGUUUGCGAAGCAGUGCAAGGAAGUGGACGUCAUCAUUACCACCGCGCUCAUCCCCGGUAAAAAGGCACCAUUACUCAUCACGGAGGAAAUGGUAAAGUCAAUGAAGCCAGGUAGUGUGAUCGUGGAUCUCGCAGCGGAAGCUGGUGGCAACGUGCAGACAACUGUUCCUGGUGAGAUUAAAGUGGUGCACGAUGUGGUACACGUUGGUCUUACUGACUUCCCAAGCCGAUUGCCGACCCAGAGCUCGACACUGUACGCGAACAACAUCUCCAAAUUUUUGCUUGCCAUGGGCGAGAAGGAUCACUUCCAUAUCAAUCUCGAAGACGAAGUCGUACGUGGUAGUAUCGUGCUUCAGGGAGGCAAUCUGAUGUGGCCACCACCGGUAAUCCCUGUCUCGGCAAAACCUCCGCCAGCUGUUGCUGCCGCUCCCGCUGCUGGGGCUGCUAUUAAGGCAGAAGCGAAACCGGCCGAUCCCUUCAGCGAGACGCUUCGGAGUAGCAUGAUGUACUCGGGCGGUCUUGGAACGCUGCUUGGACUUGGUGCGAUCGCACCGAAUGCCGCUUUCACCACCAUGAUGACGACGUUCGCGAUGUCCGGCAUCGUAGGUUACCACACAGUGUGGGGUGUUACACCGGCCCUGCACUCGCCUCUCAUGUCCGUCACGAAUGCUAUCUCCGGUAUAACGGCCGUCGGUGGAUUGCUGCUGAUGGGUGGUGGUGUGAUGCCUUCGAACACGAUCGAAACGUUAGCUGCUAGUGCGGCCCUCAUCUCGUUCAUCAACAUCUUCGGCGGGUUCCUGGUGACGCAGCGUAUGUUGGACAUGUUCAAGCGUCCAACGGAUCCACCAGAGCACAACUAUCUGUACGGUAUCCCGGCAGCUCUGUUCCUUGGUGGUUAUGGUGUUGGAGCACUACAGAACCUGCCCGAAAUACACCAGAUGGCGUACCUUGCGUCGAGUCUUUGCUGUAUCGGUGCGCUCGUCGGACUGUCCUCGCAGAAAACUUCCCGUCUUGGCAAUGCGCUGGGUAUGAUGGGUGUUACCGGUGGUAUCGCUGCCACCCUGGGAUACAUGGCCCCGAGUACGGAGGUGUUGAUGCAGAUGGGAGGUGUGGCCGGAUUAGGUGGACUGAUCGGUUCAGUCAUUGCCAAACGCAUCCAGAUUACGGAUCUGCCACAGCUGGUGGCCGCCUUCCACAGUCUCGUCGGUGCUGCGGCCGUACUUACGUGUGUGGCUACGUACAUGCACGAUUUCCCCACGCUAGCUACGGAUCCGGCAGCCAACGUGCUCAAGACGGCUCUGUUCCUUGGUACUUACAUUGGAGGUGUGACGUUCAGUGGAUCGCUCGUGGCCUACGGUAAACUGCAGGGCGUCCUAAACUCUGCCCCACUACUUUUGCCCGGUCGGCACCUAAUCAACGGAGGACUGUUGGCGGGUAAUUUGGCCGCCAUGGGUGCAUUCUAUCUCGAACCAUCGAUGGCUGGUGGAUUGGGUCUGCUGGGAGCGACUGCGGCCAUGUCCACAGCGAUGGGAGUCACCUUGACUGCGGCGAUCGGUGGCGCAGACAUGCCCGUGGUUAUCACGGUGUUGAACUCCUAUUCCGGCUGGGCGCUGUGUGCCGAAGGUUUCAUGCUUAACAACAACCUUAUGACGAUCGUCGGUGCUCUGAUUGGAUCGUCCGGUGCUAUCCUUUCCUACAUCAUGUGCAAGGCAAUGAACCGUUCGCUACCGAACGUUAUCCUCGGUGGAUACGGUACUACCUCGACUGGCGGUGGCAAACCGGCCGAAAUCGUCGGCACCCAUACGGAGGUUAAUGUGGAUGGGGUGGUCGAUAUGAUUAAGAAUUCCAAAAACAUCAUCAUCACACCGGGUUACGGUUUGUGUGUGGCCAAGGCUCAAUAUCCGAUCGCUGAGAUGGUAACCUUGCUGAAGUCGCGUGGCAAGAAGGUGCGCUUCGGUAUUCAUCCGGUUGCGGGACGAAUGCCGGGACAGCUGAAUGUGCUGCUGGCCGAAGCCGGUGUUCCGUACGACGAUGUGCUUGAGAUGGAGGAGAUCAACGAUGACUUUGAGGAGACUGACCUGGUGCUGGUGAUUGGUGCGAACGACACGGUGAAUAGUGCGGCCGAAGACGACCCUAACUCGAUCAUUGCCGGUAUGCCGGUGUUGCGCGUGUGGAAAGCAGAUCAGGUUGUUGUAAUGAAACGCUCGCUCGGUGUCGGAUACGCUGCUGUGGACAAUCCAAUCUUCUACAAACCAAACACUUCGAUGUUGCUCGGCGACGCAAAGAAGACGUGCGAUGCAUUGCUGGGAAAGAUUAAGGAAGAUAACUAGAAACGAUUAAGGACACUUUGGAUUGGAUUUGAACUGAAAAAGGAUUUGGCUUUGGAACACGGACUGGAGAUCGGUUGCAAUGAAACAGCGCAAGCAUUUAAUUAAGUAAUGUAUGUAAGAACACAACGCGAAAACGUGGCCAUACAUGUUAAUAUUUUAACGGUUAAAGUAAUGUGUAAAAUAAAACCUUUUAUGCUGUACAUCGAAA